AUGAACGUUCUUUUGUAUUGUGAUUCAAUCACUACAAUCAAGACAUUGUUAAGUGUAAAUAAAAAAUGUCAAGAAAUAGUUCAUUCAAUUCGUAUUAACCCAUUUCGUAUCUGUUUUAAAGAAAUCUCACAAUAUAAACACAUCUUCACAAACUUAGAAACAGUAUAUGAAUUAAAAGACUGGAAAGAAAUAGAUGAAUUUAAACAUUCAUGGAACAAUAAAAUCACAUUCAUAAGAACAAUCCAAUCGUGUGCAGUGUUUUACUCGUUUAUUAAACCUUUUAACACAAAUCAAAUCGAGUUGUUAUCAAAAAUUGAAGAAUAUUCAAUUACACGUUUAACAUUACAUUGUAUAGAUGAAUUUAUUUAUUCAAUUCCAUUCUUCUUUCAUUUAAAAAAGCUAAAAAUUGGAUAUUCAACUUAUUUUGAUUUUAGUACAUUGAACCAAUUGAAGAAUUUGAAAACAGUAUAUGUACUUUUUCAAUUUGGAUGUCCUGAAACAGUAAUUUAUGAUUUUCAUAACGUUGACCUUCAAAGAACAAAAUACCAUUUUAUUAUUUACUCUGUUUAUGAUGAAGAUACUCUUCAAUAUCAAAUUCAUACCAUUCGAUAUGAAUAUCCUUCUAUUCAAAUUCAUGUAGCAUUAUUAACAAGAAAAGUUGAGCAAUACUUUCACGACUUUGGUUCUUGUUGUAUUGAUCCAAAUUACUUUAAAGAAGAAGAGCAUGAAGUAAUUAAUAGUUUAUUACCAUGUGAUAUUAAAAUCUUUUCAAAAAAAGUUCAAAACCUUGAACAUAUCAACCUUAAGCAUUGUUAUUAUCUUCAGAAUUUAAGCGUAACACUAAAAAAUGAAAAGCCAUUUGAAUUACUUCUUCCCCAGUCAUUAAAAGUGUUGAGCAUAGAAGCACCACAAGCUAACUUUAACUUAAACAAUAUUCCUAUUGAAUGUUUAAAUCUCACACGAACACAAAGUCACUGGCAUUCUGUCUUAACCACAUUAACAUCUCUUUCUUUGUAUCAAUGCAAACACUUUGAAAUUGACUUAGCUCAUUCAAAACUAUUAAAAAAAAUUGGGGUUUGUUGUUGUUCUGAAAUAUCAUUAACUGCUCCUAUUACAACUCCUUUAUGUGGUAUUUAUUUCUCAACAAAAAUGAAACUUAACUUUACAAAUAACCAUAGACAUACCCCUCUUCUCAUUCAUGAUGUUGUUCACUUUUGGUGUUCUCAAACACAAAGGAUGAUUAUUGAAAUCAAUACAGAUAUUCUUGACUUAUCUUUGUUUAAUCUUCAGUAUAUUUCUUUUUAUGAUUGUUCUAUUCAAUCUGUUCAACUUCCAACAAAUCUUCAUUUUGUUCGAGCUGUUAAUUCCAAAUUUAAAUUUCUUGAAUUUAGCAAUAUAAUUAAAUUGACAAUCCAAUCACAUUCUGUUAUUGAACAAAUAAAAGGAAAUUCUAUAUCAAAAAUUCAUUUGAGUGGAACAAUCAAUAAUUGGAAGAUUCAAAACAUUGAAAUAAUAUCAUAUCAUGAUGGAACAUUAUUUGAAGAAAUUAUAUGUAAACGAGUGAUAGUAAAAACCAAAAAACGUUAUAUUGACAUUCAUCAUAUCUAUUCUCCCUCUGUUGUUUUUUCUGCCAAAAGUAAAACAAAUAUUGCUUGUCUUAAUAACGAAGUUAUUUAUGUUAUUAAAAACUCUCUCCCAGUAGUUAUUUUGAAUCUUCAUAAAUUUAUUCCAUCAAAACAAUUCUACAAUGAAGUUUUUUAUCAAGUUUCAGAUGUUAUUCUUUCAGAUAUUGUUCAAACAACACUCAGAAUUGUUGGGAAAAAGAUCAAAACUAUUGACCUUUCACGUUGUUUUAUUUCAAAACUAAUUAUUCGAAGAUGUAAGUUUAUAGAAGGUAUUUUAUUACCAUUUCAGUGUCAAGCAAUUCAUAUAGAAAAUUGUCCAAAUAUUCAUAAAAUAAGAUAUGUAAAACAAAACUAA